AUGGCUACCUGGGAAAGUCAACAAACGACUACGUCGACUCCUCAAGUCAAGUUUGAGACCUCUCCUGCAGAGUCUCUCAUGUCAGUACCUGGCGAUGCGUAUCCCUCUCUAUUCGCUACGCCUUCUACACUAAACCCCUUGGAGAGCGUCAUGACUCCUCAAUCAUAUAUGGAAGACGGUUUUGCGGACGAAGGCACAAUACAAUCCACCCCGUCUCCGGCUCCUGAGAGUUCCGAAAAGAAGCCGGUUAAGAAGCGGAAGUCGUGGGGCCAAGUCCUCCCGGAGCCUAAGACAAACCUACCUCCGAGGAAACGGGCAAAGACCGAAGAUGAGAAAGAACAACGACGAGUCGAGCGAGUUCUCAGGAAUCGCCGCGCUGCCCAGUCUUCUCGGGAACGUAAGCGUCAAGAGGUGGAGGCCUUGGAACAGAGGAAUCACCAGCUAGAAGAGCUUCUACGUAACCAACAGAAGACGAAUGAAAUGUUGAUGGAUGAAUUAAACAAACUACGACGAGGCUCUGGUGUUAGCCGUAGCUCGCCCCCUUCAGAUGGCUUUCAGCCUUCUCCCCUAACUUUAUCUCAGCCGUUAUUUGGCUCAUCUCAGGAUGGCACGGCACAAGACAAGUCUGGCAUGAUCAAUGACUUUAUCCUCAUGCCUGAGCAGGACGGCACUGUCGAUCCUGCCUCUCUAUCCCCCGAAUUAACCCCCAUCUCUGAUGACACCUUCCCCGAAACGUCGACGACCGAAGAGGUCGCGACGGUCCCCGCUUCUGCAACUACUUCCGACGAGACACAACAUCCAGCAGCGGUGUUGUGCGGCCAGCAGUGUCCUGCUGUCACUCUUACUACAGCUUCAAACGAUACUGAUGGCCUCUUCGGUGAUGCUUUCAGCCUUUCGACACCCUUUGACGUUGAUUCGUGGAGCGCUCAAGGCCAAUUUAGUCCUUCAUCCGACCCCCUCGAUUUUGAGUACAAUAAUCUGGCUAGUGACUCGACCCCCCAAUUUCCGGAUUUCGACUUCGACCAGUUCCUCAGCACCGACGAUGUCAGCGGCGCAGCUCCAGGCGCGACCGCGGGAAGUGACUCGGUUGCCCAAGAACACCCGGACCCAGCCUUCAGCCUCUUCGACUCUGAGAAUCAGAUCCCUUCAGAAGCUCUUAACCAGCAGCCCCAUCUUGGCGCGUCCGCUCAAGGAUGCGACGAUGGGGUUAUUGCGGUUGGUGUCUGA